GCUGGUGCGUGCGUGUUAGGAUGUAUGUGUGGAGAGCGGUGUGGCGCUUGUAGAGGGAGGCGGAGGGAGUGCUUUACCGCAGUAUCACUACAUUUCUGCACCACUCAUCAAAACUCUGCGGCAUGCAGACAAGAGCUGGGGGGGAGGGCAGUCACUAGGUCUGUUCUGAGUGUGAAACUGCUACCUCUUCUGUUGGCCUACCAGUCCUUCAUAUAAUCUAGGCUACAGCAGUGCUUUUACUUUAUUUAUUUUCAUGCGGGCUCGUUGAGUGUUUAAGUCGACUUCUUUAAUGCCGGUCUUCUUCCUGUAGGAGCAGUGAUACGGCAGGGCUCUCUCUCUCCUUCUCUCUCCAUCCCUCUUGCUCUCUGCUGUCAGGGCAAAGUGCUUCAGCCCGGCGCUCAGUGUCAUCAGGCCGCUUUUAGUUGAGCUUUGGAGCAGUUCGUUAGAAAAUGGCAAAGGAUGGAGAAAAAAGCGAUUGGAAGGAGUUUCUAUGGAACCCGAGGACGAGGGAGUUUCUGGGCAGAACGGCGAGCAGCUGGGGCCUUAUUUUUCUCUUCUAUUUAAUUUUCUACACCUGCCUCGCUGGCAUGUUUGCUCUCACCAUGUAUGUCAUGCUGCAGACCCUGGACGAACACAGACCAACCUGGCAAGACAGGCUCUCCACACCAGGCUUGGUGAUUAGACCUCGGGCAGAUGACACCUUUGAAAUAGUCUAUACUAAAGAGGACACUGAGAGCUGGGACCUGUAUGCCCAGACAUUGGACAAAUUCCUUCAACCCUACAAUGAUUCCCUCCAAGCCCAGAAAAAUCACGAGUGCGCCCCAGACAAGUACUUCAUCCAGGAGGACAGCGGUGAGGUGAAGAACAACCCGAAACGAUCCUGUCAGUUCAACCGCACAGUCCUCCAGAGCUGCUCUGGAAUCGAUGACCGUUACUAUGGAUACCGAGAAGGCCAGCCAUGCAUCAUCAUCAAGCUGAAUCGGGUGAUUGGUUUGCUGCCAGGAAAGGAUAACCAGGCUCCGUAUGUCACCUGUGCUGCAAAGAAAUACAGAGUUGGCAAAGAUCAAUGGAAAGAUGACGCUGAUAAAAUUGGAGAGUUGAUUUACUUUCCUCCAAAUGGCACAAUCAACCCUAUGUACUUCCCUUACUACGGCAAGAAAGCGCAGGUGAACUACUCUCAGCCCUUGGUUGCAGUCAAGUUCCUCAACAUUACUCACAAUGAAGACGUGAACAUUGAGUGCAAGAUCAACGCCGAAAACAUUCCCGUUGGAGGUGAAAGGGACAAGUUUGCUGGGCGAGUGUCUUUCAAGCUGAGGAUCAACAGUAAAAACUAGGUUUACCCCCCUCCUCCAACCCCACCCUAACCCCCACCCCCACCAGCCUCAUCCCCCAAAACAUACUGUCUUCAUUCUCAGCAACACUGCACAUGCACAGAAAACAAAAAUCACAGUAUUCACACCCUUUUUAGGAUUUGUUUACACCCCCAACCCUUUCCAACCUCACCCCCACCCUCCACCCCACACCUCUCCACAGAUUUUUGUGGGAAAUUCUUUGUCAGGUCGCGUGGCGAGACGAGGCGAGAACCAAAAGGGUGCUAAUCCUGUCAUUAUUUCUGUGAGCAUUCACACACAGGUUAUUUUCCAUCAGUUAGUUUGAGGUGAUGUCUAUUUAUACUGCAUGACAAACUAGGGGGCUAUAAAGGACGUGGACGUGUGUUUGCAGACUUUGCAAGGAUCAGCAACUUUACCACUGUACUGCUGCUCCCCACCCCCCGCCAACCCGCUGCCUCCUCAUAGAGUAUCCCUCUAGAUAUGAAGAUCCACAAAUUACAAUACCGAGCGUGUAUAUCUACAGUAUUUAUACAGCAUAAUAAUAGUAAUCUUACAUCAGUGCGUCUAUUUUGUUGCACUUUAAAAGAAUAUUCCAACAAACAGGAUUGAUGCAGAGAUGAUGCCAUUUGCAUGUGCGUAUUGUCUUAGUAUGCUACAAAGGCAGGAGGCUCCUGUGUCCCACCUCUCGGCUGCUUACAUCUGUAAUAAGUUCAGCGACUGACCACCAGGAGGGACCACACCGUAAUCUUUAAACCUGUGUUUUUUUUUAAAAAAUGUGAUACAGUAAGAUGACCCCCCGCCCCAAAAAAAGAAGAACAUGAGGUACACAUUACAGGUAAAGAGGAGUAAAGAGUGCAGGAGAUCGUGUGUUUUAGUUCAUACUGUAGGUCGGGAAGUUGCAUGCAAUGUGCAAUAUUCAUUAAGUGGCAUGCAUUAUGAAUGCCCGUAUCCAUUCAUCAGAUGACUUCUAUUAAAUAGUAAUCAUUUUGGAUCAUUUGAUAUUCACUCUCAUUGUGAAUGAGUAGCUUGUGAAACAGAUGAUAUAUAUAUAUUUAUAUAUGGGGGGGGUCAUAUAACACCUGAAUUCUCAGUCGGUUACGGGGUAAACUGAACUCUAGCUUUGUGGCUCCUGGACUGCAGUCCAAUAAGAUACCUGAAUAUCAUGUGAAAAUGACAAAAUAGACCUCUGUUCUGCACGAGCACACAAACACACACAGACAAAAUUCAAUAUUGCAUUUUAUUCCCAAAGUCAAACCUAGAAUUUCUUGCGUUUCAGUUUUUAAUAUUAAUAUUCAAUCGAUGUUUAGAGGAGCUGUAUUAUUGAGUGUAUUGCAUCUAUUUCACUUGUAUCAGAAAUAGAUGCCAUUGUAAAAAAAAUGGUAUUGUUUUGCACAGAAAGUGCGCUUUUAUUCUUUUCUUUUUUUGUGAUGCUGACUUGAGUUUAUUAAUGCAUUUCCAGUUUUGAAGGAAGUUGUUUGUUUUUUGUGUUUUGUUUUUUUGGGUAGUUUUCUUUUUUCUCAUUCAUUCUCAUUUUCUUCACCUAAAGGAUGCAUCUGAGAUACGAAAAUGUACACUUUACCUCUUAUUUUAAAAGACAGUCGUUACUUUAUUAUUUUGAAUGUUAGUUCAGUUUGGAUUUGUAGGGCUGUAGCAAAUUAAAAACAACAUGAAGAUUUACUCCAUUGACCACAGAAGAAAGAUAUUUUUUUGUUAAUUUGGUUCGAUGUUGUUGUGUUCCCCGGUGUUGUAUGAAUCAUACUGAAGGAAAACCCAUACUGAUAACAAGACAAUCAGUUUCAGCCUCUAAAAAAGUCAGACAUGUUCCUGAGUUUAGUGCUUGAGCUAUUUACUAAGCAUCCCUUAAAUUAUUGGCUUGAGAAAUCUGUGGAGUCACACUUUUAAACUCAGGCACGUUACCUCUGCACAGCUCCAAAACUGUUAGAUCAGUUAGACUGUGAUCCUGCCAUGUCACUGCAGCAAAUAUAGAACACGAGCAUCUGUUCGCUCACAUUAAGGUCUGGCUGAUUAUUAAUUUGUUUUGGAAGGCUGUGUGUUUCUCUGUAUGCCUGCAAAUAUCUUGCAGUGGUUUAAAUAAGACUGCAUCAUCUGACAGAGAAUGAAGGCAAGCCCAUUAGAUCCAAAGUGAUUAUCUGAUCUAUAUUUGAAAGGUCAUUUAUAAUGGAUGAUCAGCUCUAACAGUAAUUUUUCAUGAGUCCGCCACCCAGUUUGCAUGCAUUUCUCCUCUUGCACCGCUGCAACACUUACUUAAUUUCAAUGUAAUCUCUUAAUCUGGUCAGCUAAUCCAGAGCAGGCACGCUGAACUUCUUUACCCCGCUCUGUUGCUCCUCCUCCUCGUGUCAGGCGGCCGGUUCAAGGUUUAUUCUUUUCUCAUUUUGCUCACCACAUUCACAUUACACUUUGUUUAGUUUGAAUCACAUCACAACAAAUAAAAGUGUUCCGCUUCACUGGCUAAUCGGACACUCUUGUUUCACUCACGCAUGUGAAGAUGAUUUCUUCAACCAAAGAUCUACAUGACAGUUAAAAUUGAAUUUCCACUUGUCUGACACAUCCUCAGCAGUAGAUCUGAGUAAGGAUCCCAUGCAGAGAUACUGUAGGAUCCAACUGGAGGGCUAAAUACCCUGUGAUAAUAAAAAGGCCUCCUCUUAUAUAAUAAUAAUACGCACAAAGGAACAUGGUUCACCACGACAUAACAGUGCCUCCUGGUGGACAGACAGUGUUGCUCCCCCAGUGUCACAGAAUGUUAUUUCCUGUUAUCUCCAUUUAUCUGCUUUUUUUCCAGUGAUAAUUUGGAAAUGUCUUUGAAAAGCAAUAUAUUUAUUUCUUGUGUGGCUAUAUGAAUAUUUACAGGAAAGGUUGUAACACAAUCAGAGCGACGUGCAUCAGAAACAGUAAGGAACAAAAGGGAAAGACUGCAUAUAUGCCAGUGUGUGUUAUUAUGAUGAUGGAACCAUUAAAAAAAAGAAUUGUUUUGUUUAUAAAAGAGUAUUUUGUUGUAAAGAUGAGAGAAUGCAUUAGCCUGGAAUAUAUCAUGUGAUAGGACGUACUAGAUCGAUUUUCAGAAUAGUAUUCAAGGAAACUUGAAUAGAUAUGGAUUUGAGUUUUUUUUUUUCUUUGAAUGUUUUUGUCAUUUGAGUUUGUUUUACUGUUUUAAAACAAACCUAUAAUCAAAGCUUUCUGUCAGAGUUCUGACAACACUUUAUCCACUGCAAAGGUUGGAGAAAGCCAACUGUUGGCUUUUAAGUAGAGAUAACUACAUGAAUAAGUAAAAAACAAUCUCAUUGCCCCUUAAUGUUAAACUGUAUUACUGCUUAAGACUGGUAUUAUAAGCCAACAAGAAGGGAAUUCAGUGAAUUUGUUCAAACACUCUCUCCCUAACAGAUGAUAAAUAUUCUGGAUCUUUGUUUUCUGCUCUAACUGUAUGUAUAUUUUUGCUUAUGUUUACUGCAAACCAAGAUAGAGAAAUGAAUAAAUGUUAUUUAAGGGAACUCAAA